AUGGAUAGCCAAGUAGAAGGCAAAAUAUCCCCCUCACAGAAGGAGUCCUCCUCCACCUCAGGCCUCGUUUCACCUAGUGAAGAUGGCCCAGCACAUCAAAAAAUACACAGAGACCAAUUAAGUGUGGAUCAAAUCAAGAAAAUCAGAGAAGAACGUGCUCAGAAGAGACAGGUACGUAGGAACUCUCUAAUAUCCCAAGGGAAGGACCCUGACUUCCCAACGCCUGACUUACAAUUCAUUGAAAGACCAUUCCUCCCUAUCAACCAUGAUAAUUCGAAAGGUCUUACGCCAGCGACCAUACAAGUCACCCAAGAUUCAUUGGACGUUAAAAUAAUGACCUAUAAUACUCUAGCACAAACCUUGAUUAGGAGAGAUUUUUUCCCAGAAAGUGGACCAGCGUUAAAGUGGCAUAAGAGAUCAAAAGUUUUGGUCCACGAAUUGAAAAAGUACAGGCCUGAUGUAGUAUCGUUGCAGGAGGUCGAUUACAAUGAACUCAACUUCUGGCAGGAGAAUUUCCAUAAGUUAGGGUUUGAUGUGAUUUUCAAAAGGCAUGAAGGGAAAACUCAUGGACUACUAGUUGCAUGGAACAAUAAAAAAUUCCAGUUAGAUAAUGAUUGGAUGCUGGACUACGAUAAUAUAUUGGCGGGAAAUGUCAUUUCAGCAAGAACAAGAACUAAAAAUAUUGCCCUUAUUAUAUCGCUAUAUUUCAAGGGUAUAACAGAUUCAUCAUCAAGAGGAAUUAUCGUCGCAAAUACACACCUAUUUUGGCAUCCCUUUGGGGUAUUUGAAAGAUUAAGGCAAUCUUACUUGGUUUUACAAAAGAUCCAGGAAAUUAAAGCAUGUUCCAAAUAUAAUGGCUGGCAUAGCCUACUGAUGGGUGAUUUCAAUACCGAACCUGAAGAGCCACCGUACUUGGCCAUAACGAAAAGACCACUGAUAUUAAAAGGCCCAAUAAGAGCUAUGGUGGAAUGCUCACUAGCGUAUCGGUAUUCAAAAAAAAGGAAUGGAGAAGAAAGUGACCAGGAUGAUGAAGAGUGUGAUGAAAAGUCUAGGGGCGAAGGCCAUUCAGAUCAACCACAAAACCCAAAACCAGAGAGCUUUACAGCCACAAAGGAAGAAAAGGCUCUGGUAAAUCAAUUAGUUGCGUUGCAUAAUUCACUACAUGUGAAAGGCGUAUCUUUGUAUGGGAUUGGCUACGGUAAAGUGCAUCCUGAAAAUGCUAACGGAAGCCACGGCGAACCGGGACUCUCAAACUGGGCCAAUACAUGGUGUGGAUUAUUAGACUACAUAUUUUAUAUCGAGGGUGAUCAUAAUCAGGACACGCGUCAGAAAGAGCCUCUGAAUGCUUUUGAAGGAAAUAACAACGUAAAAAUAAUCGGAUAUCUGAGGAUGCCGUGCGCACAAGAAAUGCCCAAACACUCCCAACCUUUCGAGGGAGAAUAUGCUAGUGAUCACAUUUCCCUAAUGUGCCAAAUACGCUUGUUUUUUGGGGGGGAGAAAGUGCAUAGCUUAAAAUAA